UAGUUGUAUGCUUUUUUCAAAAUAGAAUCUAAUUCGAAGCAUUUGGCUUUGUAUCGUACAAUGAAUAAUCAGACUAUGAAGUUUAGUAGAAGGCGGAUGGCGGAUGGUAACUGUGAAACAUAAUAAUAUGGCCACAGAAGAUUUAACUGUUCAGGUUCUCAACCUUGCUCCAAGGGUGACUCUUGCAGAUUUGAAUACCUUCUUCUCUUACUGUGGAACUGUUCAACAAAUCCAGCUCCUGAGGGAUAAAGACCAAUUACCGUAUGCUUUAGUGACUUUUGUGCAGCCUUAUGCUUUUCAAACUGCUCUUCUCCUUGAUGAUGCUACAUUUGGAGGCCAACAAAUUGGCAUAUUACCUGCAUAUGAUAUAAGAAUUCCUAUAGUUUCAGAUGAAGACACAAAAGAUGAUCACACCCAGGUUAAUGAUAAAGUUGGUACUUUGAUGUGCUUCUGUGGCUGUUUUGGUUAGAUUUCUUAGGGAUUCGAAAUGACAGAAUGAAUAAGGAAUGUUGCAGGUAUUUGACGGCUACAAGGCUGUGCAAUUGCAUCAGCUAUAAUUUCAUUUACAUAGGAGUGUUUGAAUAAGGAAUGUUGCAGGUAUUUGACGGCUACAAGGCUGUGCAAUUGCAUCAGCUAUAAUUUCAUUUACAUAGGAGUGUUUGUAGGGUUUUGGUACAUUGUCAACUCACAAACAUCUCUCCUAACUGUGCCAGAGGACAAGAAUGUAUUAUGAAUUUGACUACUAUACUCUACAUUUAAUCCUAGCCCUUCAUUGGGGGUUUUAAGUGA